GCAUUUGACCAUGAAACAAGAUGCGACGUUCACAAAAAAAGCAUGUAAGAUGCUCUGGCUCUAGAAUAGACUCUAGACAGCUUAGACUGGAUGACUGGAAGCUGUCUCAUUUCUGGGAAAGUGACACGCUUGCUUUCACCCCUGUUUUGUGCGCCUGAUCUGUAAACGCUUAGUCUUGUAUGGCUUUCUCAAAGAAAGUGACGUUGCCCAUUGUAAAUGCGCCCCCUUCGCGCGCCCCGGUCACACCCUCUUGCCAACCCUCAACUUGUAAUUGAAAGCAGGUGAAGCGGGAAGAAACUGUGGAACUUCUAUUACCUGUGCGAAACCGGAGAUAAUGAAAUAAAAUGUCACAAAUGAUGGACAAGUCCACUGAGAACCCCGGCAAUGACCCGGUGUCCACCAAGAGCAACGGAUCCAUCAAGAGCGAUGAGAAGACGUCGACUGAUGGUGGCAUAAAUGUGGGCAUGAUGGAGAAGUUUAGAAGGAGCCUCCGGCUUUCAACACAACCUCUGUCACCUGGUCUGAGUGCUGGUUCUGCAUCCACCUCUACGAAGAGCAACCAGAAAAAAUCCAGACCACUAACACGAUCAAACACAGAACCCAGUAUGCCAAAGUUUGAUAAUACAGUUAAUAGACUGAAAGAAUCCAUUCGUUGGAGACAGAAAAAGCAAAUGCAUACACUCCCCUCUGAAGACUUGGAGGAAAAAGAACCUCGUAUGCCAAAGUUUGAUAAUGCAUUGAGGAGAAUGAGCGGAUCUUUUCAAUGGAGAUGGAAAAGGGAAGUGGAUACACUCCCCUCUGAAGACUUGAAGGAGGAAAAAGUGACUCCUACCUUUGAGGAAUACCUUGAAAUUCAAGCCUUUUGUGAGGCCACUCAGCAACUGAUAGACAGGGAGAAACAUCUGUUUUGGGAGACAGCUGAGGCUAACAAGGAAGCAGUAGAAAAGCUUGCUGCAGACCAUAAAGCCCUUGAAGAGCGUGUAUGGCAGAUUCUGCAGCAGAGUCUUUCUCUCAGCAGUGAGGAAGAGGUGUCUGCUUUGAAAUCAGCAGUGAAAGCCAUCAACCUUGAGGAAGAGCAGGACCAGCUGUGGAAACAAAGAUGCCAGACGCCACCAGCCUGGAGGCCCAGUGAGUGGAAGAAGCGCCAUGACGAAGUGCUUCAAAAAUUAGUAAAUGGGCGUAUGGAUAACCCUUCAAGCCCCACUGGUGACCAGGUGAACCAGUCCUCGAUCCAGGCAGACAUCCAGUCCAUGGGCAGGCAGCUGAAGAAGGACCUGCAGUGGGUGGUGGAGAAGGUGAAGAACUGCUACCCACCAGAGAUGGACAUCUGUAACUUUUAUGCAAGACAGUACCAUCAAACUUUUAGCGCAAGACUCAAAAAGAUUGCAGACUUUGUUCUGGAUGACAAGGACUGCAGUUUCCUCCUGCGAUGGGUGAAGGAGUUUUAUCCAGGAAUCCUUGAAAAACCUGAGCUGGCCAGUAAUAUCAAUACUGAAGCGCUGGGAAACCUGCUUCCUGACGAGUUACUGAAACCUCUGGAGGAGCAGUACCUCAGCAAACAACAGAGCGACCUGAUGAUUUAUAUUGACCGAGUAUUGGAUGAAGCGAAGAAAGAGUGGGAUCAAGGAAAGGAGCCGACAAGAGAUGAUGGUUGCUACGUCAGUCCUGUGGCCUAUGAUGUCAUCCAGUUUAUCAACGGCAUCGUGACAUCAGCACAUAUAACUGUAAGAGACCCGCACAAGGCCCAGAAAAUAACAUCCAACCUGACAGACUUCAUGCAGAGGUAUCAAAAUUUUCAUGAAGACAUCAUUAAGCAAAACAAGCCGCACAGCAAAGCUUUCAUAAAGGCAAACCUCAGCUGUGUCGAACAGUUCAGGGACUUCCUUGUGGACCGCAAUCUGUUCCCAGAGGAUGUGCGGGAAAACUGUUUGCCGGUCCUGACUGAGAUGAAACAGUCUGCAUACACUUAUUUAUUAACUCCUGUGCACAAGAUCCUCAAACCACACUACAAGAAGUUGGGAACCAGUGACUGGCUGAAGAAGAACACGUUUGAGAAGCUGCUGAAUAGCACUGAAGAAGAGCUUCAAGAACUUCAGGGUUCGAGUCAGUCCUCUUACCAGGAGCUGAUUGGUCAGCUUCACCAGGAAGUGACAGAAGAAUAUGUCCGGAGGCUCCUGAAAGGAGAGGUCAAACUGAAGGACAGCAAUCAGCAGCAGAAGGCUUACGAGACUGUGAAAGAAAAUGCAGAGAAACUGCACGAGCUGUUUGCCAAAAUGGGAUCCAAACAAGACUGGUUAAAGGAAAUCCUGACCAAGAUCGCAGAAGUGCUAAAACUCCAAGAUAUUCCUGCCAUACAGAUGCAAAUCGUUUCACUAGGAUCUGCUUAUCCUGACCUCAGUGAAAAACAUGUCUCAGCUCUGCUCAAACUCAAAGCAAACCUCUCCAAAGCCGACAAGAAAACUAUCAAAACCACAGUGCUGGACAUACUGACAGAGAGCCAUACUAAUGCUGAAACCCGGACGUUUUUCUCCAAAGUUGAAGUGAUGAGCCGUUCAUUUGCUUUUCAGAAUAUCACUGACUGAAAGUUGGGUUGCAGAGUGUAUUAUAUUGUGUGAUAGAUAAGAUGGAGUGAAUGCUAGUGCUUUUAGUUUGUCUGUAAAGAUGUACAAACUGACUGCCAUGGACAAUUCUCCAUGUAUUUUUUCUUGUUGUCUGUUAGUGUUUUUCAACCUUUUUGUUGACUUGAGCAACAGUGAGUGUUAGCCUAAGUGUUUCUUUCUAUUUAGUUAAUUAUUAUUUUGAAAGAUCAUGACUUAUGUGGAAACACUUCCUCCUUGGACCUCAGACACUGUUAUUCAAUUUUCUACAGUCAAACUUUCUUCUAAAUUCUUGUCUUAGAGGUGCAGGCUUCUCUCUUAAAACAUUGUCACCACGUGCUCUGCUUCACUUGGAGGUAAACAUAGUCUUGUACACAGAAAUGGGGGCGAGGAAAUGUGCAUAUUGGUUCCAAAUGCUUUUGAUUUACUAGCAUACGCACAUUGGUGACAUCAAAAUCGGCUGGCAUGCACGUUUCACAAAUCUAACAGUAAUUUUUCGUGUGGACUUGUUUAUGUAUUAGUAAAUGAGGCCCAUUGUCUCCACCAUGUUUCACAGAUAAUGUGGUAGUGAAAUGGAUCUCAAGCUGUUUCUCUCCUUCUCCUGACUUUCUCUUCCCAUGUUUCUUAAGUUACAAGUUAAUCUUGGUUUCAUCUUUUCAAAGAUAGUUUUUCGAAACUUGUGCUAGGUGUUCUAGAUGUUUUCUGGCAAAGUCUAAUCUGACCUUCUUGUUCUUCAGCGUAACCUCAUGUUUGCACCUUGUUGUAAACCCUGUAUAUUUACAAGGUUGCCUUCAUACUGUCAAGUGAAAGCAUCACUUGACAGGAACACACUUACCUCUCCAAGAGGGAACUUGUUCCUGACUUGUCCAGAUGUUGAGAAGUUUUUCAUAAGUAAAGAAAGAAUUCUGUUAUCAUCCACUUUAGUUUUCUUCUUUGGUCUUUCAGACCUUUCAGUGUUGCUGAGCUGGUUGGAGCAUUCAUUCUUCUUAUGAAUAAAUCAGAUUGUUGAUUUGGCCAUUUCUAGUCAAGUUUUUGCUGUCUCAGAUGGGUUUAUUUUGAUUUUUGAGUCUAAUCACACCCUCUUUCACUGGCAUCAACAUCUCUUUAGACCUCAUGACCACAUUCCAGUGAAAAAAUAUAAACUCCAGAUCUUUUAUCUGCUUAAACUGUCAUGGAAAAAUCAUGGAACAGACCUCACCUAAUCAUGAAAAUACUUAUCAAUCAACUGUAUAGUACAGGUAGCUUGCAUUUAAACAAACUGUGUAAAUUUGAUUGAACUUAACCAUCUUCAUAUCUAAUUUAUUUUUAAUCAAAUCAUUUUGUAAUUUUACAAAGAGUCAAACAGAGCAUAAGCAUGGUGUUAUAUUUUAAUUUGCAUUUAAGCACGAAAGAAGACAUUUAAAGUCUUAUGCAACAUUUAGCGAUAUUUGCAAGUUCUUUCUUUGGUUAAAAAAUACAAAUUAAUUGACUAAACACAAACUGAGUUAGCUUACGUUUAAAACCAAGAAAAUUUUCAACAUUCGUUCAUCAUAAUACAACAACAAGUACUGUUGUUUUUAUGUCAUGGUGGACUCAGACACACAUGCUUUAUACCACAGCAACAUUUAUGACCCUGGAUAAUAAUAAAUCUACUGGAAGUGCAGGGCCACCUUAGUGUUUCCUAUUUUCCUAUUACUGUAUUAGAUACUGCUGAAAUCACAGAAACCAUGUGUUGUAACAAAAUGGAUAAAUAAUACUCUGAAACGCUGGAACAUUGUUUCACAUUUAACCUUUGGGUAAAUAGUGAAGUUUUCAUUUUGAUAUUAUCCAGUAGUUUUGUAAGAAUAGAAAGGAAUAGAAUAGAAUACUACAAUAUAAGGUACUGCUUUUAAAAAAAAUACACAACCACUGAAAGAAGUCAGAAUUUCUGCAAUUUAUGUUUGUUUCUUGGUUUGUGCAAGUUAGUACUGAAUAAUUCUUUAUUCUUGUAUAUGUACCAGAAGAUAAAUGGUAAUAUUGUGUUGACAGUAAAGUAACAAAACACACUGUUUAAAAAUAUUAUCUUUGUCCUGUGAUGUUUUACACGCUAUUGUUUGACAUCAGAAAAAGAAAAACGACAUAUUUCACAUAUUUCAAUGACAUGUCAAUCUCAAGGAAACCAGACAUAUAGCUGUCAAAGUCAUUUCUCAGGUAAAAAUAUUUUAAUGUGUAUUAU